UCUUGUUCUUUCAUCUGGUACAUAGCCCUCUGCCUUUUCAUCUUGUCUAUCUUUCUAUGAAUGUGGUUUUUGUUCCACAGGCUUCAGGAUUGUAGUUCUUGCUUCUGCUGUCUGCCCUCUGGUGGAUGAGGCUAUCUGAGAGGCUUGUGCAAGUUUCCUGAUGGGAGGGACUGGUGGUGGGUAGAGCUGGCUGUUGUUGUGGUGGGCAGAGCUCAGUAAAACUUUAAUCCGCUUGUCUGCUGAUGGGUGGGGCUGGGUUUCCUCCCUGUUGGUUGUUUGGCCUGAGGCAACCUAACACUGGAGCCUACCCAGGCUGUUUGCUGGGGCUAAUGGCAGACUCUGGGAGGGCUCACGCCAAGGAGUACUUCCCAGAACUUCUGCUGCCAGUGUCCUUGUCUUCACGGUGAGACAGAGCCACCCCCCAACUCUGCAGGAGACCCUCCAACACUAGCAGGAAAAAGAAAAGAAGUAUAUGCUUCCCUUGGACAACCUGAAAGUUCGGGAUGUGGAAAAAAGCUUUAUGUCUAGCAAGCACAUCUUUGCACUCUUUAAUACAGAACAAAGGAAUGUAUACAAAGACUAUCGCUUUCUCGAGCUGGCAUGUGAUUCACAGGAGGAUGUAGACAGCUGGAAGGCAUCUCUACUAAGAGCUGGGGUUUAUCCAGAUAAAUCUUUAACUGAAAAUGAUGAGAAUGGCCAAGCAGAAAACUUUUCCAUGGACCCACAGUUGGAGAGGCAAGUGGAGACCAUUCGCAACCUCGUAGACUCCUACAUGUCUAUUAUCAACAAAUGUAUCCGAGACCUAAUUCCAAAAACGAUAAUGCAUCUUAUGAUCAACAAUGUUAAAGAUUUCAUAAAUUCUGAGCUCCUAGCACAGUUAUAUUCUUCAGAGGACCAAAAUACUCUGAUGGAGGAAUCUGCGGAACAGGCUCAGCGCCGGGAUGAGAUGCUUCGAAUGUACCAAGCCCUUAAAGAAGCCCUCGUGGUCAUCGGCGACAUCAACACAGCCACGACGUUCACGCCCGCACCGCCGCCGGUGGACGACUCCUGGAUCCAGCAUUCCCGCAGGUCCCCGCCUCCAAGCCCCACAACCCAGCGGAGGCCGACGCUGAGCACGCCCCUACCGCGGCCCACCUCCGGCCGCGGGCCCGCACCCGCCAUCCCCUCCCCGGGACCCCACUCGGCGGCGCCUCCAGUGCCCUUCCGGCCUGGCCCGUUGCCUCCUUUCCCCAACAGCAGCGACUCGUUCGGGGCGCCUCCGCAGGUUCCGUCUCGGCCCACCAGGGCCCCUCCGAGCGUCCCAAGACUUCAUUGCUCCACUCACUGAAGUGUUACAGAAGUAAGAUGAAGUGAGUAUGUUGUUGAACACCUGGAUGAGUAGUCAAAAAGAAAUCCCACAGGGAGUAGGGUACUGAACUAACCUGCAGUUCUAUGGCUUGCUGUAAUGUUGAGCUCAUUACCAGUUGGGUUAGAAAGAGGAAAUUAAAUGUAGACGUCUGCUGGAAACCCGUGGGAAAGCUUCAUUUGGCCUGCUGUUUUCCUACUUACAGAGCUGUCCAUUGCCAUGUAGCAUUUACUGUAUCUUCCCUAGCAGCCCAUCAUCCAGAGAGAGGCUGUUGUCAAAACGAAGCAAAACUCUGGAUCCUUCUUUCACCACCAGUGGGCCUGACAAGAUGCAAGCCAGGCUAGGGAUAUGGAGAAAGAGCCAGCAAACCAAAUUUCAUUUACCCUGGACCUGGUUCAGAAUAAAUAAGAACUUCAGUUGCACCUAACUCUAAGACAGAGGGAAACCUUACCCAGAGUCUUUGGGGUCACCAUGGAACAGACAUAGCCUCAUAGUUUGCCUGGGCCUGGAAAGGCUAUCACAUCAGGAUUUCACCUGAAGGAAAUUCUUAUUUACAAAUCCUUUCCUCCAAGAUUGACCCCAGAUAUUUUCUGCAUUGUGAUUACAUUGCUCAUUUGAUCCCUUGCUGCCUCCUACUUUCCCUCAUCUUAAAGAAAUCUCACCUGUCAUAUUUCUAUAUCAACUCCCUCUCCCCCUAUGGAGAUUUCACAUUUACUGAAAUCUUUGGAAAUAACUGAAUGUCACAAAAUCAGGGUUGGGAAACAAAUACUCAAGUUAUAAAGGUAUGCAGCUCUUGUACUGUUCCCAGUUCUCCUGAAUAUGAUUGCAUGGAUUUAUCAUUCCAUGGUACAAAAUAACAAGGUUUUGGAGUGGGCUCAAAUGGCUCAUACCUAGCACGUGGCUAGAAGCCAGGAAACAUCCUAGGAGCUGCUCACUAUGCCAUGUGAUAUUCUCUCAUUUCCCCUGCAUGUCUGCAUGUUUUCUGUCUGAUUUGAGUUUGAUUUUUGUGGGAUAUUUAUGCAUGCUCUUAUUUGGAUUUAUUUUCUAAUUUAAACAUUGUUUUCUUCCUCUGCAUCUGUGUUUUUCUUUUUCUUUUGUUUUAUUUUG